AUGGCACGUGCAAAGAAAAAAGAUUUCGACAAGCAGAAGCUCAAAGUAGGCAAAUCCAAGCAGCCGGCGUCGAACGCAACCUCCACUGCGUUCACUGCCCGGGCGAUUUCUCUGCCCAACCAGGCCAUUGGUAAAAAGGCCAGCUUGCAAACAUACUUGAAUUUGACCAAGCACCACAGCGUGCAAGCCAGGAAAGAGGCGGUUGCUCAAUUACAGGACAUUGCCCUGUCUUCUCCUCCCUCGCUCGCGUCUAUUUGCCAUGCCCUGGGUCCACUGAUCCUGGACACCGAGAAAGAUGUGCGGCAGCAGGUUCUUAAAUUCAUGAAGGCUAUGCCAGAGUCGGCGUUUGCUGCGCACUCGAGCCUGCUUUUACUGUACAUUCAGUCGGCAAUGACCCACAUCACCCCGUCAAUCAGAGGUGAAUCAACGUCGUUUCUAGAUGUCUUGUGUGUCAAUUGCCCGCAAGAGGUUGCUCGCCUCGGGUUCGCGAAAACAUUGAGUCUGUUUUUCCCUCUGCUUGGCUGGCCAUUGGAGGGAAACGCCCAGGCUAGCGCUGUGUCGACUGCUUUGGCAUUCGGGAAAAUGGCCGACAAAGUGAAACUCACACACCUCCAGUCACUUUAUAAACUUCUGGAGCUGGGUCUUGCUGAUCCGCCAGUCGUCGAGGAGCCUUUGUUUCAUCCCGAGACCGCCAAGUUCAUGAUACCCAAGGUCAGUGAGCCAUUUGCAAGACUUGGGUUCGGCACGACCCCCGAAAACGUUACAGAGGACCGCGACGCACGAGAAAUCGUUGUUCACGGUGUCAAAGAACCUCUCAUGAAUGGCCUCACUGUCGUCACUAAAGAGGGUGGCGAGAUCGGACGGGUUGCCGCCCGCAUCACAGCGCUGGCGAAAUAA